AUGGAGCUAAACAGCCCUCAAAUCCUCCCCUUUUCACCGCCGCCACCACCACCUUACUCGGCGGACAACAAUGUGACCAACAUAUCACCUUGGGUCCCAACAGGGAUUUUAUUUUUGCUGGUUCUGUUCCUCAUGUUUAUAAGCUAUCUAAGUCCUAGGUACCGCGUUCGGGGUCCAAAUCCUGACAUUGAAACUGGACUAUCAGGUUUUCGUGGACGCGAUCAUCAUCAGGUUGCAGCCACCCAAGAACGCCUGCCUAAGGCAGCCAUAAGACAUGCAUUCCAAACGUUUGUUCAUGGUAAGAUUCAGGAUGAAAAAGAUAUCGAUGAUUGUGUUAUUUGUUUAGGGCAAUUCAACGAAGGAGACAAGUGCACUACGCUUCUUCCUUUCUGCAAACACACCUUCCAUGAACCUUGCAUCGAUCAAUGGAUUUUAAGGAGUAAUAACAGUUGCCCACUUUGUCGUGUGGCUUUGCACUAG